UGGGCGCGGCGUCCGGGUGGCGCUCGCCACUCGGGCGGUGGCGCGGGCGCCCAGGGCAGACACCAGGAUAAUCCGGAGGCGCGGCCCUGGAAUUGGGCAGACAGCGGGACUGAGACUGAAGCUGGGGCAGUGAGCACGCGGAGCCGCCGUCCCUUGGACUACGGCUUGUGGCGGCUGCGGGGCGCGCUGCCCUUCGCCAUGUACACCUUCGUGGUGCGCGACGAGAAUAGCAGCGUCUACGCCGAGGUCUCCCGGCUGCUGCUGGCCACCGGCUACUGGAAGAGGCUGCGGCGGGACAACCCCAGGUUCAACCUGAUGCUGGGCGAGAGGAACCGACUGCCUUUCGGGAGACUAGGUCACGAACCUGGGCUGGCACAGCUGGUGAACUACUACAGGGGGGCGGACAAACUGUGCCGCAAAGCUUCCUUAGUGAAGCUAGUCAAGACCAGUCCGGAACUGUCUGAGUCCUGCUCAUGGUUCCCCGAGUCCUAUGUGAUUUAUCCAACUAACCUCAAGACGCCAGUCGCUCCAGCGCAGAAUGGCAUCCAGCUUCCGGUCAGUAACUCCAGGACAGAUGAGAGAGAAUUCUUCUUGGCUUCUUAUAACAGAAAGAAAGAGGACGGGGAAGGCAACGUUUGGAUUGCAAAGUCAUCAGCUGGUGCCAAAGGCGAAGGCAUCCUCAUCUCCUCAGAGGCGUCAGAGCUUCUGGAUUUUAUAGACAACCAGGGCCAAGUGCACGUGAUCCAGAAAUACCUCGAGCACCCUCUGCUCCUCGAGCCCGGUCACCGCAAGUUUGACAUUCGAAGCUGGGUCCUGGUUGACCACCAGUAUAACAUCUACCUCUACAGAGAGGGUGUGCUUCGAACUGCUUCAGAACCAUAUCAUGUUGAUAACUUCCAAGAUAAGACCUGCCAUCUGACCAAUCACUGCAUUCAGAAAGAGUACUCAAAGAACUAUGGGAAAUACGAAGAAGGGAACGAAAUGUUCUUCGAAGAGUUCAAUCAGUACCUAACAAGCGCUCUGAACAUUACCCUAGAAAAUAGCAUCUUGCUGCAAAUCAAACACAUAAUAAGGAGCUGCCUCAUGAGCGUGGAGCCCGCCAUCAGCACCAAGCACCUCCCUUACCAGAGCUUCCAGCUCCUUGGCUUUGACUUCAUGGUGGAUGAGGAGCUGAAAGUCUGGCUCAUUGAGGUCAACGGUGCCCCUGCGUGUGCCCACUGGGGACCGAACCCAGGACCUUGCGCUUCCUAGGAAGCUCUAUGCAGAACUGUGUCAGGGCAUCGUGGACAUAGCCAUAUCCAGCGUCUUCCCACCCCCAGACACGGAGCAGGUGCCGCAGCAGCCGGCUGCGUUCAUGAAGCUGUGAAGGACUGGAAGGCACAGAGCCACCUUGGGAAAUGUAUGGGGUCCUGCUCCAGAGGAACGUGAGAUGGCUGGACUGCUCCUGACCAAGGCAUGCUGGGGAACAGAUGUGCAGGAAGAACAGAAGAGCAGCCGGGCUGCCCACAGUGCUGUGGAGACCUUAGGAAGCUGACAGAAGUAACUGAGAGGGAGAGCCAGACGCUUUUCUAAAAGGCUGGAACCAGGGAUUUGUUAUGGUGCGAUCUGAUCCCUUGAGCGGUUUCUGGUCUUGGGUGGUUCUGGGAACAGCUCCUCCUCCCUGGGAUGCAGCUCGGGGCCUCUGAGGGGUGUCUCCCCACCUGCUGCAGCUUUAGUGCCUUAGUCUGUGCCCGGUGCAGCCUCACUGGACACAGACUGGACCUUAGAGCAUUUUAGAGGUUGCCACAUGUUCCCUGCACAUUCCUUCCGUGAUGCUGUCCUGCCGAACUCUGGACAAGCAUAGAGCACAGUCCAUGCUGCGCCCUGGCCUGUCAGUGAAGGCCUCUUGCUUGUCACCAUCCUGGUGGGCUAUGAGUGAGCACCUGUGGACACCAAACAGUGUAUGCUGCUCACUGCAUGUUUUAGAAACAAAAGCAGCAGGCCUGACGAAUCUGCAAGCAUCAAAUAAGCAUGAGAGAGAGAAAAACAAAACCAUGAUAUCUUACUUUACUUAAAGGGAAGGGCGGGUGGGUGGGAGUCUCUGAAGUGUGAGUCUCAGUUAUCUUUGGUUUAACCAGAAUUCUGAAUGCAACUUUGCAAGUUUUCUUUCCUUUACUCCCCACCCCCAUCCCCCAAUCUUUGAACCUUUGUAGCAAUCCUUUCUGGGAGUCAGGGAAGGUAGAAUCCUUUUCCUCACACUCCACCUCAUAGCUCUCCCCAUACCGGUCCUCCUUGGCACCAAGGGCCUUCUGCAGGAGCUGGAGGGCCAGGUUCCAUUCCAGAAAGAGCCCUGUCUGCUUAUGCAUGUAGGUGACAGGAGAGACGCCCUCUCAAUGAGGGUGUGCCUGCCUGAGUGAGAAAGAAUUUUGGGAGCUCUGCACAGCUUGUAAGUGUCAACAAAAGUGUACCAUGAAAUGUUGUUUCUGGGUCUUGGGUCCAUUCAUAUUUUAUAGGCUUCUUGGGAGCUUGCUUCCGUGGUGGUGGUGGUGGUGGGACAAGUCACGAAUAUUCAGGGUGAGCAUGUAAACAGGCUCUUCUGAAGAGUGUCCUGGAACCACAGCAGACACGGCAAAGCUGCCCUCCUCCCCAGAGCGCUGUGUGCUUCCCAUGUGCUUCUUCACUCACACCUACUUGGUACAUUCUACAGUCAAGGGAGCCAUACAUAACAGCCGCUGAAGCACCUCUUCCUCAGAUAGAGCGAGGUGUGGGAACUUGUGGUGAGGAAAGGGAGGAUGAGACUGUUUAUUAUGUGCACCAGCGGGUGGCAGGAUGUGACAGUGUUUCCUGAAGCAAGGAAGUCCCAGCUCAUGGGAGCCUGGAGUUAGAGGGCAAAGGUGCCGGGGUUACCUGGAAUAUGGGGAACAAGAGUCAGCAGCAAAAGCAAAGUAAAACAUCCAAUAUGAAAUCAGUUCUUCAAAGUAAAACAUCCAAUAUGAAAUCAGUUCUUGAGGCCCAGCAGAGCCGACAGGCGAGUGCUGGGGACCUUCUGAGAAGGCAGUGUGCACAUUCAGAGAGUGGUGGUGGCGGUGCUGGGUCCUUGACUAGACCAGGUUAGAUGGUAAUGGAGAAAGCAGGGAGGUCUGUGUGUGUUCUUGGAGCCAAAUCACAGGGACAUUCAGGAGUGUUUAGCUGUCGUGGUGACAGGGCUGAGAAAGCAGAUGUCAGUAAAUCUUUAUGAGUCCUGACAGGUGUUGUAAUAAACCUCAACAAAUCCAUACCCUCUGUAUAAAGGAAGUGAGGUCUUACAAAAUGGGGAGGGUCGAGGUCAUUCCUCACAUAGCUUCAACCAUUAUUAUGCGUUUUCUUCCCACCAAGUUAGGAAGAUCGGCUCUGAGCGGUAUCGUACGGGUCCAUGGUGUCCCUGGCACAGACGGUCAUGCCUGGCCUCCCAGUCAGUCUUCAUGGUCAGUUGGUGUAAGUGCUGCCCACCACCAGGAAAGGAGGGGUUGUUUGGAGACGCCAUUUCCACACAUGGCUCUGUCUUUAGACUGCACAGUGUCACACAAGCCAAAUAACCUCGCUGUGCCUUAGUGUCUCGUGGAGGAGACAUUACCUGACCCAGGGACUACCUCAGGGGAGUUUUGUGAGAGGAAAAGAGAGUAAAGUGGGAAGACUCAAGGGCCUUUGGUACCAAGGUUCUCGGUGCCGACUACUACGUGCUACACUCUCCAGGAAGUUAAAAGGGAGUCGAUGACCCUUCCCACCUGUGGCCAAUUGAAUCAGAACCUCAGGUAACGAGAUGCCUUGAGGUGCCUUGAAACAUUACUUCGGUAAGGAGAACAAACACAUUAUUAUCUUGGAAGAAUCACUUAAGGAUUAGGCUAAAAAAAAAUACUCUUUGAAGCAAGCGGUUCUGUAAGAACAAUCAGAUGUUGAUACGUGUAUUCAUAUAUAAGUAUUAUCCGAGCAGUCUCUCAGUUUGCUUCUCAUCCAAGCAUCUGGAAAAAAAAUCAAACAUGCUUUCAUUUACCUGAGCAGCGUAUCAAGUCCUUGAUAGCAAAUGUACACAGACACGAAUCUAUAAAUCUAAUAAUAUAUACUAGAGUUAUUCGUUAAUUAUGGGAGAAAUGCCCCUCCCCUCACACUUGACUUCAAUGGCAAUUACUAUAAAGUCCAUUUUGCCAAGAAUAUAUAAGUGCCUCUGUGUUGUGAGGUAGCAUGGAGCUGGCGUGCACACCAGCUGGCAGUGUGUUUCGGUGGCUCUGCGGGAUGACACAUGCACAGGACACUGGGGAGUGGGGGAGAUGGCCCGUGAUCCACAGCGCCAGCCCGGGGCAGUGAUGCUAUGAGGUGUUCUUAUGAACAGCUGCGGUUGUGUUCAUGGGCAAACUCAGUCCUGUCGUGACUGUGGCAGGGAGGAGGGGAUCCGUGAACAAAAUGACAGGGUGCCAAAGUGGGCUGCAUGUGGGAUGUGGGUGCUGUCGUGAGGACUCGGUGGUUGAUGUAUGUGCCUCCAGCCCUGGACACGGAGCCUGCACCUAAGAGGAAAUUUCUGAAAGAAGGCAACUAUAUGAAUGUUUUAAAUGCUUGGAGCAUUAAAGAUAUUUCAAAUGUU